AUGUCGGGCUAUGAAACAGCAGUUCGCGGAACUCUGAAGCUGAAGCGACACAGCGAAGCCAUCGCGGCUGACGAGAAGAAACGCCGGAAAAAGAAGAAAAAUAAGGCGAACAACGAGGAGGAAACAGGACCAGCAGUAGCUGAUCUGCCCCCAGAGCUUGCAGAUGACCCCGAAGCUGUUGCUGCAGCAGCAGCAAUCCAGGAGGGCAAGAAGCCUGCAGACGCAAUCCUUAGUGCCAAAGACGGUGCAGCAGCAGGAGCAGCAGACGCCGGAUCAGAAGCUGCUGCUUCCCCUGAAGAAGCAUCCGCAGCUGCACAAACUUCUGCACAAGACGAGGGAGAAGAAAGAUCGAAAGCAAGGACAGACAGCCGCAGUCGCAGCAGAGAUCCAUCCAAACCCUCAGACGCAGCGGAUGAAUUGGAGGCCUUCAUAGCUGAGAUGAAUCCGCGCUGGACUCCGGCGGAAAGGGCAUUCUAUUUGGCUCGGAAGGCGCGAGAGGCAGAGAGAAUCAAGAAGCAACUGGAGCUGACACACCGGCAGCGGAUGGAGAAGUUCAACAAGCACUUGGCUUCGCUUUCUGAACGCGAGCUGCAGAAGCAGCUUUAA